AUGCCCCUCUAUCCACUUCCAAGUCACGAUGAAAAGAUGAAAAUGCCCCUACAAACUUUUUGUCCAUUUAACGUUGCACAUCGGGAUUCAAAUGGAGAACUCCCAGAAGAAACUGCUCAUUCUUACUUGUUCACUGCACUUCUUGAUACCACCCGCAAGAAGGCUAACCUCAACAUUUUCAAAUCCAGUGAACUUGGGUUGGACUCUGUAAGCUUACUUUCGCGGUUAAUGAUACUGCUAAGGAGUGCAGCAAGGAUCACCCACAAGGCACAAGGGGUGACGUGUAUGGCUGCCAAAUGGCACAUGUGUGCAACAAUUGACAUCUUUGAGUCACCGGAAGUGGAUAUUGAAAACCCAACUGCGGGGGGUGUUUUUGGGAACAGUAGCAAUGGGAAUGGGCUCCCUUUUGAACCACUGUCUUCCUAUUUUGAUGAUGUUGGUGCUCUGAAAAAGAGGACCUUUCCAUCCGAAAGAGGAAGUUGA